AUGCCGAUUCCUCUCAAGAGCCAUGCUUCCUGGCUAACUUUACUAUUCUUGUCUACUGCCGUUGUGUCGACAAGCGGCGAUGUGUUGUCAGGGCUUUCAGCGUAUCCAGACUGUGCGAAGCCUUGUAUCAUUUCGGCGAUUCAAGGUGGUAUUUGUGACCUUGAUAAUAAAGCAUGUAUAUGCAGCAGUGCAGCAUUUUCGGCGAAUGUCACCUCAUGUGUUGAGACAAAAUGCACGAUACCAGAGUCUUUAGUCGUUAUGAAUAUAAGCCGUACCGAUUGCGAUGAGACACCUCGAGAUCGUUCGAUUGAAUUGAAGGUCGUGACGAUCACUGUUGGGACAGUCGCCGGGCUAUUCGUCAUGCUUCGCUUUGGAUACAAGUUGAUGAUAUCUAAUGUGGCUCUCGCCAUGGACGACUGGUUAACCCUCGCCACCAUGAUCGUCGUGAUACCAAACUUGAUUAUCACCAUCAACGGAACAAUACCAAAUGGGCUCGGUAGGGACAUUUGGUCCCUCACACCGGAUCAGAUCACGACCGUUAUACGAUUUUUCUUUACAACGGCCGUUCUAUACUUCGCAUUGACGACACUUGUGAAGCUUUUAUUCCUUAGUUUCUACCUCAAGGUCUUCCCUACUCGUGUUGUUCAACAGGUCCUGUGGGGAACCUUUGCAAUGACAGCUUUAUGGGGGGUCGGGUUUGUGUUCCUUACUAUUUUCCAAUGCCAGCCAAUAUCUUACUUCUGGCAGAAGUGGGAUGGACUGCAUGAUGGGACAUGUUUAGAUGCAAAUACCAUCGCUUGGGCCAAUGCGGCGUCCGGCAUCGCUUUGGACGUGUGGAUUCUUGCGAUCCCGUUAUUACAGCUCAGGAAACUGCAAUUGAAGUGGAAAAAGAAGAUUGGAGUUGUUCUAAUGUUUCUCGUGGGAGCAUUGUAG